AUGCUGACGGAUGCAGGAGACAUUUUAAGCAAAAUGGCUGCUAAAAUUUCGCGGAUCUUCAUAUGGUUUUGCAGCUGGAUCGCUCAGUGCAUAAUCAGGCGAUGUGUUUCGGCAAUUUUUAUGAACAAGGAGCAGAUCGAAUCUCUCAUUCAUAUGUCUAAGAAAAAGAAGCCUUUGAUUAUAUUGCCAAAUCACUUGAGCCAUCUUGAUUACGUUUUGGUGACGUAUGUGUUUUGGCGAUGCGGCGUUCGGUUGCCAUACGUAGCCGCUGGCAACAACCUCGAUACCGGCCUGAUGUCGCCCAUUCUGCGACGACUUGGUGCUUUCUUCAUCCGAAGACGCAGCAGUGGAGUAACUUUAAUGGACACCCUCUACCGGAUCACUCUUUCUUGUUAUGUCGCUGAAUUGGUGAAGCACAACGAAUGCAUCGAAAUAUUCCUUGAGGCCGGUCGUUCGCGCACCGGACGUCGACUUCCUGCCAAAUCCGGGCUGCUGUCGGUCAUUGUAAACGCUUGCCUGGAAGGCGCUAUUGAUGACGCGUGGAUUGUUCCCGUAUCAAUAACAUAUGAGAAAUUGGCCGAAGGUGGAUUUGCCUCUGAGCUUCUCGUGAGUUUUAAAACUUUUAUGGUGGCAAUGUGCUUAAUAUUUAAGAAAUUUUAUUUUAUAUCAGGGCCAGAAAAAGCAACCAGAAACUUUUCUAUCUGCAAUAAAGAAUGUUCUUGCCCUAAUGUUUUCGGACAGUGGCAGUGCUCAUCUAGUCCUUGGAGAACCAUUGUCUUUGAAAGUAUGUUCUCUGUAAAUGUAUAAUA